CCAAUGGCUUAUUAGACAAGCCCUAUGACCAAGGAGGACUGCUGUGUUUUACGCAGUAACAAAUAAUGUACCUGAAGGAGCCCUCAGACUCAAGAGUCUAUGGACACUUCUAGUUUACUUUCAGAAGACAGUGGGCUGCAGAAUUCUGUGGAACAGACUGAAACCAGCUCCACCUCUGCAAUACCAAGUUCUGUCAACAGUGCUGGCAUUGAUCCAGAAAAUGUGCCAAAACCUGAUCAUUUGUUGGAAGUAGCUCUUGGUGCUCCGAGUGCUGAGGGUCUGGUGUCUGCCUCACCCAGGGCACAACUUUCCCAGGCUCCCAAGGCUAACUGCCCAGGUGUCAAGCCCAAAGAGCCCCAGAGAUUAAAACGGCCCUCCAGUCUGUUAGGCUUGUCAACCGUCUCAUUACAGCCUGUGAUCAAUGUACCCAAAUCACAGUCUCUGCCCAGGUCUUUUGCCCUAGGUGCUACGGACUCUAGGAACAUUGUGAAGAAAGUGAACAAGACAUUGGAGAGUGUGCCUACAAACAGUUGUCAGGACUUUACCAGCAAUGUUAGUGAUAGUUCAGCGCUGAUGGAUGACAGUGUAGAUACAGCACAGGCUGUUGCAGUGGAAAACUCAGAAACGGUUGUUGGGAAUUCUGUGGCAGAGGUAAUGCCACAGCUCAGCAUAAUGCCUGAGGAAGCUGUCUGUGAUCUGAAAGUACUGAAGGGGAACAUGCUAUGCAAACGUCUGUUCCCAGAGAAGGACAACACCAAGCAUGGGGAGCUACCCCCGGGUGCUGGGCCUCAUGAGGUAUCCAGCAUAUCUCGUGAAGGCAGACCUGAGAGUCUUAAUCUGCCUCGUUCCUGGGGUUCCCCAGUCACCUACCUGAUACAAAACACUAUGGAACGCUCGCAACAGGGCAGGAUUACUCACUCGUCUGAUUCUUCAGACGGCCCUCCGUCAUACCUGGAUUUGGAGGACAGUGGCAGUGAGGGUGGGGCAGUGGGCGGGGCACCUGCAAAUCCCAGAACCAGCUUGGGAAGUGUUGCCCCUAAGUGGGUGCCAGAUGCUGAGGCACCUAACUGUAUGCAGUGCGACUCGAGGUUCACAUUCACAAAGCGAAGACAUCACUGCAGGGCAUGUGGCAAGGUGUUCUGCUCGACAUGCUGUAACCUGAAGUGCAAACUUGAGUACAUGGGUAGCAAGGAAGCUCGGGUUUGUGUGGCAUGUCAUGAGGCCAUUGUUACAGCUCAAAGUCGCUGUGGGCCAACUGACCGUAGUCCUAACCCUAACAACCCGAGUGAGUACUGCUCCACUAUUCCACCCCACCAGCAAGCCAACGCUCAUACCCCAGCCCCUACUGUUCUAGUGCCUGUCGGUGUUCUCAAGCGAGAGGGCAGCCAAAGACGAGGUGAGCCCAAACAGGUGAUGUUUUCUGAUGGGAUUCGCCCAGGUGGAGACCUUACUGAGGCAGAUGGGGUGACAGAGGCACGCCUGCCUCAGCGCUCAGGACGGAAAGUUCACAAGGUUGAGAGGAUGUCUGCUGCUUCAGGUGAGGGUCAAUCAGCCGGGUCAAGGAUGAAGCCAGUGAAGGUCACAGAAUCCUCUCGGUGGAGUAGUUUAAUCCCAGCGGUAGGAUUGCCGCCAUUGGUGAUGCCAGACUCCACCAGUCAAGAUGAUGCAAUAUACACUAAUCCCACUGAUGAAAAAGUGAUGCAGCAAAUACAGAGUGAAUCUGCUGAGCCUGUUGUUUUUAUGAUCAACCCAAACCUGCAGUGCCGUGUCACUAUGGUUAACUUGGAUUGUUGUGUACAUCGUCAGUGCUGGUGUUUCACAAGUAAAGGCUUGUGCACUGUAGGCCAGGAUGAGGUGGUGAUUGUACUGGAAUGUCUCCAAGACGAGAUCACCUUACCCAUGGACAUAUUUCACCACCUUCAGUCUUUGUAUGAGUCAGCCAGUAAAGGUAACACAGUGAGUGACAUGGGUCACACAAUAUUCUGCCAGUCCUUUCUGGGGAGUAAGGAUCAUGGAGGAUUUCUCUACAUUCGGCCGUCCUUCCAGUGUCUGCUUAAACUGAGCCUGCCCAGUCCCCCAUAUGUUUUCGCCAUUUUGCUGCAGAAGUGGGAGAUUCCUUGGGCUAAGGUGUUCCCUAUUAGACUUCUGCUGAGACUUGGUGCUGAAUACAGAUAUUACCCAUGUCCACUCAUCAGUAUUCGAAACCGAAAGCCGGUGUUUUUCGAGAUUGGACACACAAUAAUGAACUUGCUAGCAGACUUUCGUAGCUACCAGUAUAUGUUGCCUCAAGUGAAAGGCCUUCUGAUUCACAUGGAAGACAAGAAGACGGUAAUUAACUUUCCGAGGAACAGAUAUCAGGAUUUAAUGAAGGUUGUGAAUGGAAGCAAUGAGCAUGUGAUGGCAUUAGGGGCUAACUUCAGCAUGGAAGCUGAUUCACAUUUAGUGUGUAUACAGAAUGAUGACGGAAACUAUCAGACUCAGGCCAUAAAUAUACAGAACAAACCUCGAAAAGUCACGGGAGCCAGUUUUGUGGUGUUUAAUGGAGCCUUGAAGACAGCAUCUGGACUGACAGCCAAGUCGAGUAUUGUGGAGGAUGGACUGAUGGUGCAGAUCCCUCCUGACUCAAUGGCUGCCCUGAAACAGUCCAUCAAGGACAUGAAGAACUACAGUAUUGCCUGUGGCAGUGUGGGCUCAGCUAAACCUGAUGAAGUGAUCACCAUCCAGUGGGUAGAAGACGACAGAACUGUCAAUGUGGGAGUGAAGAGCCCUGUUGACAAUAUGAGCAUGGAUGGCAUAGAAAGUCUGCACAUUCACAAUGGUACAGACUAUCUGGGAGAGAAUCGUGUGAUCCGCUGGACUGAGGUCUUUUUCAUACAAAACAAAGACUCUGCCAAACUGGAGCCCAUAGAUUUGAGUCGCCUGGCAGAGUCCCUGGCCCAGGCCGGCUGUAUAGCCCUUACUCCUCACCUGGAUCAACUCAAUGGAGCAGGACUCAACAAGAUUGGAUUACGAGCAACCAUCCACUCGGAUAGUGUUGGGUACGAAGUUGGUUCUAAUGGAGAGAAAUUACCAGAUAUGUAUAUGAAUGAUUUGGACAAUGAGUUGAUUCCUGUAAUACACAAUGCUGCCUCACUAAAUCAGGAGGGCCCAAUCACUCUAGAGCUCAUUUUCUACAUUCUCAACUAGCUGCUCUGGCAAGGAGACUGAGAAUUGCUUGUGUGUGAGGCUAUAUUGCCAGGUGUGCCAUGAUUCGUAUCAGGCUGUGAAAUUUUGGUAUAAUGGAAGAGAGAGAGAACAUAUUGAGUGCAUCCAAUCCUAACGGGCACCAAGUGGUUUUCAAAGAUUAUCUAAUUUCAAUGGGAAAGCAAUACACUUUUGGCAUCCCCAUUUUCUACAUUAGUUAUUUUUAUUUCUGGUCAACUUUUGGAUUGAGGCUGUGUGGACAAACUAUUUCUAUUCCCUAUUGAUAAGGGUUUUGUGGAUUCCCACAAUUUAUUUGAAUUAGGAAACUGUUAAUUAAUAGAUAAUUAAUAGUUGUGUGUACGUGUAUGCAUUUGUAGAAGCUGUCCUUGUGGAUAAGCGUACAUACAUGUAGGCUCUAACUAUUAACGUUUGCAAAAAAAAUCUUAAUCCACUAAUAUUCCUGUUGGCUGAUGACAGAUUCAUUUGCAAAAAGUAAAUAACAAAGUCACGACUUCUACAUGUAUUGGAUUGCCUGUGUGGUUUUUGGCAUGUCUCAGGUCACUCUGCCAUGUUUGCAAACCUAUUGGGGAUUAUUACAAAGAUUCUGUUGCCUUAGGUCAAUUUGUGAAGCCUUCAGAUUAUGCAUCACUCUUGGUGCUAAUCUACGGCAGAGCAAUUCAUUGAGAGCUGCAUUUUUUUCCCUUCUGUUUUGACAGCCUAAAGUGUUUCUUUGAAAAUCAUUCCAAAAUACUGUUGAUAAGCUGGUGUAGUAUAUUAAAACUAUUACACUGAUCAAUAGGUGUGCAGUGACACUGGGAUGUGAGAUAAUGCAUGUGAUUCAGGUACUCAACUGCCUGUGUGACUUGUGACUUCAGUUUAAUACCUUUGGCAAUACAUCAGAAGGGGCUGAAAAUUACACGACUGCAUUUUGAAAUUGUAAGAUAAGGGUGGAAAUCUAGCCCUGAUCGCAGAGGACACCAGACCAGUUACCUUGAAGAUAAUCCAGAUAAAACCUCAGUUGUAUUCCAGAGUUUCAACUAUAUUAUAAUACUAGGUGUUGGUGCCUAAGUAUGUAAUGAAACAAAUACAGUACAUGUCAUGAAAUGAAGCAGGACAAACAAAUACAGUACAUGUCAUGAAAUGAAGCAGAAAAUUUGUCCUGCUUUUCAAGAUAGAUAAUAACCAAGGAUACUCAAACUCGUCUGAUGAUACUUUUUGUCUUCUGAAAAUAAACUUCGUAUUUCCUCAAGAAAAUGUGCUGUGCACAUGAUUAAGAACACCAGAUGUUACCAUACAUGUUGGCAUAUUUAUAGGAGUGCUAUAUUACUAAUGUACGCAUGAUUGAGACUCCAGUGGGCUUCAAAGGUAAAAUUACCUGACUUUUACAAACACAUCUCGACCCAAAACAAUGCCCGUCUGCAGAACCCGCAAAGAUGAUAGAUGUCUUGACAGUUAAUAGUUGGCGAUAUCGAUAGAUAUCUUCUCUUUGAACAUGCAAAACCUUCGAGAUAUUCAUUCAUGGUUGAGCAUAACUUCCAUGAAAAAACAAAACGCAGGCAAAUGCGAUUUUUUCAAAGAAUUGUUGCAUUGGAAAUGGUUUGUUUUUUCUCUUUGUGGCAUGUACUUGUAGCAUACAGCAGAAUGAUCACUGUAAUAGUUGGAACUUAGGAAGGAAAGUCCUAGGAACUUGUGUCAGACAUGCUAAUGAGAGACUUCGCUACUUGGUAUUUCGAUGAAGGCCUUUAAUUUAUGGUUAAAGGAAAAAUGUGAUUACAGUGCCAACUAUAAAAGAAAUUAGAGAAAACCAAAUGCAUGUUAUUGAGUGGUAGAAUGGGAUAUAUGGAGGAUGUUUAACCUAACCUGUCGUUGUUGGAAGUCUGUGAUGUGGGUUAUGGUGACAUCACUGAACCCAGGCACCACGCACAACUAUCCUAUGGCUCAUGGAUUAAAACAUCAGCCUUAACACAAAGAUCAUUCGUAUUCUUGAUUUCCAAACACACAUUUGCUUGCUUCAUUUCAAUUUUUUCCUUUAAAAUUUUUUAAGAAUCUUUGUGAAAAUACCAUAUUUAUUACCUGCUUUUUAAGUGAGAUUAGUUUAUUUCCAGCAUGGUGUAAUUGUUAUUGUUAUACAUACAUCUUUAUAUUGUACAUGUUUCGUGUUUAAAAUAGUUUUGACACUAGUUUGUCCUAUGUCUGUGUGCACUUAUGAAGAUAGUGGACAAAGGAGAAUUUGAAAAUAUAG